CAUUAAUUAAUGAACAUAUUUUAUUAUUAAGAUUUUUGAUAUGUCAAAACCGCAAAUAUAGGUCAAAACCAAUAUUGUACAAAAAAAUGUAUUUUGAACUCUAUUAACAUGUCACGUUUAAGAGGAUUUAGAAUUGCUAAAUUGUUGCGAAAAAGCCUUAAACAAUGCUUUCUGAUACAAAAUUUAUUAGGCGGUUAGCGAUACGUAAUAUUGUUUAGCACUGCAUCUUUGUAGGACACCUCUCGCCUACUUCAUUAGCACCAUCUUGCGGCUGAGCGGAGAGAUUUUGUCACAUCAACAUCAUGCUGUUUAAAACCCCAGCGUCCUGUAGCAGCCGGCACAGUCACCAGCUGACCGCAGCAGACAACAGUCCACUCUUGUGAACACCAAACAAAACAACCCACACACACAAAAUGCAGAAAUACGUGUUGUGCGCCCUUGCUCUGAUCGCCGUAGCGGCCGCCGCGCCCCAGCAGCCCGCUGAACAACAUCCAGUCUACGUCCUCAAGCAGGAGUCAGACGUCGGCCCAGACGGUUACACUUUCGAUUUCGAGACAAGUGACGGAACCGCUCGUCAAGAACAGGGUACCCUGAAGCAGGUGAGCGAAGAUCACCAGGCUUUGGAGAUCAAGGGAAGUUACAAGUACGUGGCUCCCGAUGGUGUGGUCUACGCAGUCACUUUCACCGCUGACGAGCACGGUUUCCAACCCCAAGAGCAUGUGGAGCACCCCAGCCAAUAAAUGGAAACAUUCUAUUGGAAUGUUCUAGAACAUUCUAUAAGUUUACAAUGCUAAAUAAGCUUGUCAAAUCUUGUUAUAAAUUACUAUAUGCUUGAAGUAUACUACUUCUUAUUUUGAAAAGAGUAUACUUGUUAUGGUAUUUUUGGACCAUUAGAAUAAAGUCCUACUUGUCUUGUGUAUGUACUGCUUAGUACUUUUAGACUGUUCUAGAACAUAUGAAUAAAAUUGUAAACCAUUCCAUCCUUUCAAGAAACAUUUGUUUCUCGAUUGUUUUCACACGAUUUUUACAUUUUGUACAUUGUUGUUUUGUAAAUAAAUUCUUGUUUGUUGAUAAAUAUUGAAUUUAAUUUUAGUUUACCAUAUCCAACGCCUAACAUUAUUUAUGACUAGC